UGGUCAUGUACUUGUGAUCAUUUGCCCUGUAUUCACUUUCAAUUUACUACACUUUCCCUCGCUUGAACUGAUCUAGCUAGGUUUUGAUCACAUGACCCAGAUGCAAGGUAUUGUGUCGAUUCUGCGAUCCGAUAACCUCGAAAUCACGGCCCAAGUUUCGCCAUUGAGGCGCACGCUCUCGGCCGAUAUGUCAUCCAAAAGAUGGCUGGCUGAGAACGGGUUGCCAACGAUGAAGAAAAUCGCGUCUUCUGAGCAGAUAGCGAUUGAUUCUUCUUCGUCAUCUGAAUCAGACGAAGAAGAAUGUGAGGUGAAUGGGAAAGGGGACAAGAAUCCAAGCCGAAUGGAUAUUUGGACUGCAAUAAUGUCCCAAAAAAAGCAAGACGACUCCGGAAAGCUUCCCCCGCCCUACGUUCAUCCACUUGUUAAGAAGUCGGCUCGCUCGUUGAGCGAGAAGAGCCUCAAAGUUUGCACUGAAAGUCUCGGGUCCGAGACUGGAUCAGAUGUUUUUAUGUUUAACCCAGUGGCGUCUUCAGAAGACGCCACUAAAGAACAACAUAAACCACAAGAACAACCACAACCACAUCCACAACAACAAUCUGAACAAUACGUCGAACAUAAAGUCGUCAGGCAUGCAAGCCCAACAACUAAAAAAGCCCAUAUGGCUCGCUCUUUCCCUCCGCCGCUACCAUCCCUAGCCGCCGCACAUACCGAGGGACCAUCGCUUCACAUGCAUUCUCGGCGCGUGGAGGGCCGUUUAGUCCUGGAAGCAGUAUCUGUACCUCCACAAAAAUACUUCGAAGCACAACGCCAAGAUGGCCGAUUUCUUCUUGCUCUUAUCAAAGACGACCCGAUAGAAGUCAUAGAACAACCACAACCAAUCCAAAACGAAUUCGUGGACGUCUUCAACAUCUCCGAAGAAGAAAAAUCCAUCGACAACGACAAUGAAAACGAAUAUGAAGAUGAAGACGAAUAUGAAGACAAUCAGAUGAACAUGAAUUUCAUUGACAAAGACUUAGAAAUCAUUAAGGAGCCACCACUAGAUUCGACAACUAAGUUCAUAAAUGUCCACAAAUCCACAAUUACCAAAAACAAAUUCGCCGAAAGAGACAACGAAAAUCCAACAUGGUCCCGAAAACUAAACACAGAAUUACCAAAUGUAACAAAAGUCACCGAUCAAGACCAAGAAGCAACAAUAACACAAUCUCUGCCACCAGUACCACGAAACAUCAUUAAAGGCCGACCGCCGCUACCACGACCACCAACCGCGACAUCCGUGAACUCAUAUCAGUACUUUUGGAGGUCUAAACAAAGUGUAGCAAGUGUGAUUGAUCCUAUGAUAACACAACAGCCUCCACCCACAAAAACCAAAGACAUGGUUCUGUUCAGAGGCAACAAAUCAGACUGUUUGAUACCUUCAGCUAUAAGUUGCAAAGUGCCAAGGAAGUCACUUGUGAUGUGGGAGCCAUUUUGCAUAGCCACAUCCUGAUUAAUGCAUGCAUACUAAAUCAAUCAGUCCCUUUUUUUUAAUACUGUGUCUAUAGUACAUGUGUAUGUAUCUCUCUGAAUAAGAAAUAUGAAAGAGUGAGAGAUGCUAAGCUAUAUAAAAUUUUAAAAAAGAGAAACAAAAAUGUAUUAUAGAUUAAUUUGCUUGAUCAAUAACUAGUUGAAACAAAAGGUAUCUUUUGUUUUUUA